AUGGCAGCUCCCCGCGAACAGCCUCCAUGGCAGCAGCCAACACCCCACCAUGAGCUGAAGAGAGAGCUGCCUCCGCUGAAGAUCUGGAACUCGCUGACCAGGUCGAAAACUCCCUUCGUCCCUCUUGAUCCUGAAGGGAAGAAGGUUACCUGGUACGCCUGCGGUCCAACAGUAUACGAUGAUGCGCAUCUGGGGCAUGCGCGGAACUAUGUCAGCGCGGACAUCGUCAGGCGAAUUCUCCGUGACUAUUUUAAAUUCGAUGUUAACUAUAUUAUGAAUAUAACAGACGUGGAUGAUAAGAUUAUCACUAGAGGUAGACAACAGCAUUUGUAUAGACAAUUUAGCGCUGAACACCCGUCAAUUGACCAAGAGCUCCUGGACACGACCAAGGCGGCGUACGAAGCCUAUAUAACGAAGAAUCUUCCACUCUUACCUUCAUCGACACCGGCACAGGAGCUCAAAGAUACCGCGGAGAAGGUAUACGCUGCGGUGCUUGAUGGUAAGCCACUUGAAGGCAAUUCAAAGCCAGGCGAGCCAGAGGCCAAGGUAAAGAUGUAUAUAAAAACACUGUCGGCCGCUGCGGAGGCGCUUACAGUGGCUUCGACUCCUGGUGGCAGUAUACCAGUAGCUACCUUCUACAACAAGACACAGGACAUACUGUAUCCUUACCUUGAUACAUUGAAAGGAUCGUCGAUCCAGGGCUCUGACCACUCAAUAUUCACUCUCUUGACCAAAGAAUAUGAAGAUCGAUUUAUGCAGGAUGUAAGAGAUCUCAAUGUCCUUGAUCCAGACGAAAUCACUCGAGUCACGGAAUUUAUGCCCGAGAUUGUGAGCUUUGUGGAACGAAUUAUUGAGCACAAGUUUGGAUACGUUACCCCUGAUGGAUCUGUUUAUUUUGAUAUUGAAAGUUUCGAGGCAGCUGGAAAUAGCUAUGCUAGACUAGAGCCUUGGAACCGCAAUGAUGCCAACUUGCAGUCAGAAGGAGAAGGGGCUCUGUCUAAUAAGCAGGCGGAAAAGAAAUCUGCUGCUGAUUUUGCCCUCUGGAAAGCCUCGAAAGCAGGUGAACCCAGCUGGCCGAGUCCAUGGGGAAACGGUCGCCCAGGCUGGCACAUUGAAUGUUCAGCAAUGGCCUCGGCCAGGCUUGGGAAGCAGAUGGACAUCCAUUCUGGCGGUAUCGAUUUGGCAUUCCCUCACCACGACAAUGAGAUUGCCCAGAGUGAAGCAUACUGGAGCCCAACCUGCUCGCAUGUACAGUGGGUUAACUACUUCAUCCACAUGGGUCAUUUGUCCAUACAGGGAUCAAAAAUGUCCAAAUCAUUGAAGAACUUCACCACUAUCAGGGACGCUCUUCAAAGAGGGGAUUGGACACCUAGAAGCCUUCGCAUCGUAUUCCUGCUCGGGGGCUGGCGAGACGGAAUUGAAAUCACGGAUGAGAUUGUAAAAGCGGGCAAUGCCUGGGAGGAGAAGGUGAAUAACUUCUUCAUCAGAGUCAAGGAUCCCUCCAUUAAGCUUCCGGAAACCACCUCAGAUGAAGAGCUUGCUGCAGCUUUGAAGAGUGCCCAAGACAGUGUACACAAGCACUUGUGUGAUUCGUUCAAUACCGCUGGUGCCAUGUAUGCCAUCUCAGAGCUGAUCACCAAGUUCAACAACACGAAUGAGACGGCACUGAGUGUCCAAAAUACUCAGGCAGUAGCCAAGUGGCUAACAUCCAUGGUCAACAUAUUCGGACUCAACUCUACUGCGGGGCCUGACAGCGAGAACAUUGGCUGGUAUGGCGACGAAAUCACCGCCGAAGCGAAACCCUAUGUAUACCCUCUCUCUUCGAUACGUGAUGCUCUUCGCCAGACGGCAAUAGCCAAGACAGGCCUUACCACUGAGUCAAUCAAAUCACUUGUGGAAGAAGGACGAAAAUCUAUAAGCCCUGAGCUAUUAGAUCCCCAAUUCACCAAUGCUUUCAAAGAUGUCUUCAACAAUUUCUGCUCUAGUGCCACUGCCCUCGCCGAAUCAAGCACCUUAUCCAAGGAAAUAUUAGAUCUCUGCGACAACCUUCGUAACACCAGCUUAUUCGACCUCGGUGUCUAUCUUGAGGAUCGGGCAGAUCUACCUGCGCGUGUACGCCCCGUAACGCGAGAUCUGCUCCAAACCAAACAAGAGGCUGAAACAAGGGCCAGGCAGAAACAGUUGGAAAAGGAAGCUCGGGAGAAAGAAGCGGCUGAAAAGGCCGCUAAGGGAAAGAUAAGUCCCCUGGAGAUGUUCAAAACAGACGCGUACAGUGCCUGGGAUGAAGAUGGGCUGCCUCUGAAAGAUGCAAAGGGCGAAGAGAUAACGAAGAGCCAGAAGAAGAAGCUUAAGAAGGAAUGGGAUAGGCAGAAAAAGGCUCAUGAUACCUGGCUUGCUUCUCAAAAGACGGCAUAA